AAGACCAGUCCGGGAGAAACAGGAGGCGAGAGGAACCAAGAGGUUAUGGCAACAAUGAUAGAGGAGAAUGGUCCUUCGACUCAUGAGCGGCCGGAAGUGUCCUCGUCGUCUCAGGCCAGAUUGCAGCUGGAGGGGCUGCUGAACAAGAACAUGAGGAUCCGCAUGACCGACGGCCGGACCCUGGUGGGGCUCUUCCUCUGCACCGACCGGGACUGCAAUGUCAUCCUGGGCUCAGCUCAGGAAUUCCUCAAAUCUACAGACACCUUCUCCCAGGGUGAACCCAGAGUCUUGGGCCUGGCGAUGAUCCCCGGCCACCAUGUGGUGUCAAUAGAGGUGGAGGCCGACAGUCUAGAAGACGUGCAGGGAUUCGGGGUCGGCCACUGACAAAGCCUCAUCACCUAAACGGGACUCAUGUGAUGGAUUCCCACCGAGCUGGGCGUUCUAUGGCUGUAGCCGAGCCCCGAUAGGUUGGACAUCUUCAUCGGAGGAAUUUUAUAUUGUUACUUUCAGAUAAAGAAACUGGAGUUUGAUAUUCCCUCCUGACUGAAGGAAGAGUUUGCCGGCAUUAAGUGUGAACAUUUUGUGAGUUGUGUGGAAGUGCAUCUCAGUAUCUGCAGUAAACAUUUGUUAGUAUUUUAAAAUAAAUGUCUCUAUUUGA